AUGGACGAACCUCGGCCCAAACGGCCCAAAAUCUCCAGAGGGGAAGAUGAUUAUUUGCCGGGAAAUAUAACUGAGAUUGAGCUUCAUAACUUUAUGACAUUUGAUAACUUGACAUGUAGACCGGGCCCGCGAUUAAACCUUGUGAUUGGACCGAAUGGGUCCGGUAAGAGUUCUCUUGUGUGUGCCAUUGCCCUUGGUCUUGGGGGUGACCCUCAGCUGCUUGGGAGGGCUUCAAGUAUUGGAGCAUAUGUGAAGCGCGGAGAGGAAUCUGGGCAUAUUAAGAUUUCUUUAAGAGGGGAAACUGAGGAGAAAAUUACCAUUACACGAAAGAUAGAUACAUGUAACAAGUCGGAGUGGCUAUUAAAUGGCAACGCUGUGCCAAAGAAAGAUGUAAUUGAAAUGAUUCAAAGAUUCAACAUCCAAGUCAACAAUCUGACUCAAUUUUUACCACAAGACAGGGUCUGUGAAUUUGCUAAGUUAACUCCAGUGCAACUUUUGGAAGAGACUGAAAAGGCCACAGGUGAUCCCCAGUUGUCCAUCCAGCAUUGCACUCUUGUUGAUAAAAGUAGGAAACUGAAGGAUCUUGAACGAGUUGUCGAGACAAACAGAAAAUCUUUGGAUCAGCUGAAGGCAUUAAAUGCUGAGCAAGAAAGAGAUGUUGAGCGGGUUCGUCAAAGAGAAGAACUCCUGGAAAAGGCUGAGUUCAUGAAGAAGAAAUUACCUUGGCUGACAUAUGAUAUGAAGAAGGCCGAAUAUGUGGAAGCUAAAGAGCAAGCAAAUGAUGCAAAGAAGAAGCUGGAUGAAGCUGCCAAGUCUUUGAAUAAACUUAUGGAACCUAUUGAGAAACAGAAGCAAGAAAAAGCAAUAGAGGAUGCCCAAUGUAAAAGUGUAAGAGGUCUCUUAGAUAGCAAUGGCAAGAAACGUAUGCAACUUAUGGAGAAUGAAAAUCGUUUGGAAGUCCAACUGCGUGGAAAAUAUCAUGAAAUGGAAGAGUUGAGGCGGCAAGAAGAAUCACGUCAAGAAAGGAUCGCUAGAGCUAAGGACAAUGUUGUUGCGGCUGAACUGGAAUUUGAAAACCUGCCUCCUUAUGAACCUCCCAGGGAGGAAAUUAAGUUGUCCCCUUCAUUCUAUGCUGACCCCAGCGCGGGCUGGCUUUUUGGGAAGCCUGUUCUCACCACACUCACUCCCCGGCUGGCUUUUUGGGAAGCUUAUUCUCACCACACUCACGCCCCAGGUGGCCUCAGCGGUAGUGGGAAUUCUUCUGUUCCCUGGUCAAAGGCUUGGUUGGAUGUGGGAUCUACUCCACAAGGAGUGGAAAACUUAGGUGCUCAGAUUCUGGAGCUGGAAGAGACUGCAAGGGAAAAAAGAUCACAGAAGUCAGAAAAGGAAAAACUGCUAACUCAAAACAAAGUAAUACUAAGACAAUGCGUGGACAGGUUGAAAGAUAUGGAGAGUACGAAUAAUAAACGCUUACAAGCAUUACGUAAUUCUGGAGCUGAAAAGAUAUUUGAGGCAUAUUACUGGGUGCAAGAACAUCGCCACGAGUUUAAUAAGGAGGUGUACGGUCCUGUCUUGAUUGAGGUUAAUGUCUCAAAUCGGAUUCACGCAGACUACUUGGAAGGUCAUGUUCCUUAUUACAUAUGGAAGUGCAUCAACCUCUGGCCAUUCAACCGACGUGGAAAUUGGUUUGUUGUUGUGGGCUGGUUUGUGGUGGACCUUGUUUUGGGUUGCUCUUGA